UUCAAUCUGACAUCUGGUCAUUAUCAUCUCCUCUCUUGCUCGCUCAUUCUCUCCCUCUCUCUGUCUUUCACAUACUCCAUCUCCAUAAACAAUUCCAUUUGAAAACCUCCGCUGCUGCUGUCAGCUUCUUACAUUUUCCAACAUCUCCUCUCCUCUCCCCUCUCACACCCUCCCUCCUCCUGUUCAUCCUGUAGUUUGUGCGGCAUACAUCGGAGCAGGUGAGUAAAUCACAGAGAUGCUGAGUGUGAGAUAACGAGACAAUGGGGGAUUCUCGCUGUUGCAGAUGCAUCGCCCAAGGCAGAAUGGAAGGGGUGGAGCAAACCGGCACCAGCACAGCUGUUCACAUGAUGCGCCAUGAUGGGGUCAUGGAUACCAAUGAAGACCCUUGGAGUCUUGGACCUUUUUAAAGAAACUCCAGCAGUAUCAGCAGAUUUUGAGAGAUGUCACUGACUUCACCUCUCAACGAUUGCCUGUAAAGUUUAACGCUGGGUACUGUACACACAACAACAAAGAUGUUUGCUCUGAAAGUAAGUAAACUUAUUUUUGCUUCACCCCUGGGGGAAAAAAAAAAACUGUAGAUAGCUCACAGAAAAUACUUAUAUUAUCCCAUAAACUCUGAAAAAAAAAAAAAAAAAAAAAAAAAAAAAAAAUUCUAACUUUGACCAAGUUUAUCAUAAGUUCAGGCUCAUGUUUAUUCACACUAAACCUAGAUGUUUGUUCUGGAAAAUGUAUCUGUAUCUUGAAUAUACUGUACAUAUACAUUAUACAUAAACAGGGUGAUAUUUUACUUUUAGCUAUUUAAUUCCAUAUACUUGUAGAACAUUUCUAUUUCUACCCUUUUUGUUUUUGUUUGCCUCAUUAAUAAACAUAUAAAUACUGUACAUUGAGUAUAGUGAAAACCUUUAAGGGAACCUUAAAGUAGUGUAUAAAUAUUUUGAAAUACCAUAUACUAUCAUAUAUUAAGGGAACCUUAAGGUAGUGUCCUAAAGAUUUUGAAAUAUCAUAUUUAUUGAAAAAUCAAGUUAUAAAGUAUACCUUGAUCUGAUCUGCAGGGCAGCUGAGUUCUGAUUGGAGCAUUUUGUCCACUCUCAACGAGUCAGCUUUUUACUGUACACUAUUAAUAGGCACAAUGACCCCUCAAACAAAAGGGUCAGUUUGUAUUGGUGCCUCCAAUAAGCUCAAGCCAGAACUGUGUACUCACUGAAAAAAAAGGUACAAAAACAACAGCAGGCUUUACGGCUAACCUGACACUGCCUAGUUGAUUCUUUGUGCAUCGACAUUGCAGACCUCUUCAGGUUCACUGACAAACUCAACAAACACGGUAAGAGAUCAGUUCUUUGGCUGUGGUUAAGAUGAUUUUGAAUGUAAAAGUAUUUACCAGCACAGUGUUUUUUAGAGGUUUUUAGUUUUGCUAUUUGCAUUUUAUCAAGUCCAGCGUACAUAUACUCUGGAGUCCAGAAGUCUGGAAAUCUGGAAUGUUUGUCAUUUCAUUCUGGAAAUAGAAAAUUUAGAACAAAUAUAUGAAUUAUGUAAAAUGAAUCAGAAAUGGACUAGUUCUAAAUCACUAAUCAAAUAAACAAAUUUGUGACAUUGAUCAUGUGAACUCUUUUGUAGAUGGUCCGAUGUACUUGCUUCCAUUGAAGCACAAAAUGCAUUCUGGAGAACAUGAUUAUCAGAUUUUGUUUAUGUCAGCUUAAAGCAAAAGGGUAACAAACCAAAAACAAAGACAAAGAAAUUCAUACAAAUGUAUCAACAUUUAUGAAAUUAUAUUUUCUGGAUUUUUUAAUUUGUAAUGAAGAAAAAUUAUUAAAUUAGAAAAGACUGCAAAUGGAAGCAGACUUUUGGACGCCAUACAAUAAUUACAAAAUGUCUGGUUUUUAUGUAGGGUGAUGUCAUACCACAGAAAAGUGCUAUAAUUAUCACAAGUGACAGCAAAAUUAUAAUUGAAUUAUUGUAAUGAUUAUCUUUAUAGUAAAGGAUCAGCGAGCAUUGAAAAGGCUCAUUAUGGAAGGCACUAGAGGACACAUUUUGCAGCUAAUGGUGAUGGGCAUUUUGAUGGGCACAGCCUUCUCAGGAUACAGGGCCAUCCAGACACCUGGCUAUGAUGACACCUCCACGCCUGAGAUCCUGAACCCUUCCUGGAUGGCCACCAUCCCUGACGUCUUCUCCCUAUCAGAUGUGACGAUGCCCGGCACACAUAACACUAUGGCCCUGUACGGCGGCUCACUGGCCGAGUGUAACUCCUGGUCCCUCUCUCUCCAGCUGCGCGCCGGGAUCCGCUUUCUGGAUAUCCGUGUUCGGCAUGUGAAAGGCAACUUGACCAUCCACCAUGGAAUCUCGUAUCAGUAUGCUCACUUUGGGGAUGUGUUGAUGGACGUGGUGGCUUUCCUAAGAGAGCAUCCUUCGGAAACUGUGCUGAUGAGGCUGAAGGAGGACUUCAGUAACACACAGGAUAUCUACGGUGCAGUUGUGCGCUAUAUUAAUGAGUAUGCGCACUGGGACCUGCUGUGGCAUAGUCGUGAGAUGCCCACCGUGGGAGAGGCCCGAGGAAAGCUGAUCAUACUGCAAGACUUCACCGGCCCUGACCUGGGCAUACGCUACAACUCACUGGACAUAGCAGAUGACUGGAAGGUAUCCUCUCUGCAGCCGGAGGAAGUGGAGAAGAAAUGGAGAAGUGUCUCCACUCAUCUGGAGGCGGCUACGGUUGGUAACAAAAACCGUAUGUUCCUCACCUACAGCAGCGGUGCCGGUAUCCUGGCACAUCCUAACGCCCUGGCCCGGCUAAUAAACCCCCGCCUGUACGAAUAUCUGACAGGCUACGUCGGUCAAAGCAAGCGGUUUGGUAUUGUAACAAUGGACUUUCCAGGUGCCAAGUUAGUGCAAACUAUUAUAGGCUUCAAUUAUUGAGAUUCAACAGCAGGACGUCAAAACCAAUACACCUGGAACUCACCAAAAUACUUCAUUAAUUGACACAAAUCCCAGUCAUACUCUGACUAAAAUUACCCAUACUCUUGAAAUUUCCAUAACCAUGACAGAAAAAGUUUGAGCUUGCUGGCAAAUUUUGGAAUAUCUGACUUAAUAAAGCUCUGUAACAAAUUUCUGUCAUAACACCAUGUUAUGACAAAAUUUGAAAUAAAAUGCUCUCCUGUCACUUCAUAA